AUGAAGGUCACUAUAAAGGAAGUGCACAGCGUUUUUGCAUGGUCGUGGCUUAUUUCAAACCAUGCCAAGGAAAAUGGGGAGAGUAAGAAUGAUGUUGAUGAUGAGGAGGACGUUUGCGGAAUCUGCCGAGCAAGUUUCAAUGCCACAUGCCCUGGCUGCACUUAUCCUGGAGAUGAAUGCCCACUAGUAGUAGGAGACUGUAACCAUAGUUUUCACGUUCAUUGUAUAUACAGAUGGCUAGAUACCACAUCAUCUAAGGGUUUGUGUCCAAUGUGCCGACAACCCUUUCAAUUAAAGCGGGGUUUGGCUAUCAAUGAUUCUCACAUCAAGAAGUUCCAAGACUUGCAUUUGCGGCGAACACAGGGACAAGCGCAAGAAGCCCUAGCUGAAGGUGAUGAAGAGGCGCUAGGCCGUGUUGCUGAUCAACAGAGCCAUGGAAACGGCAUAAUAGAUGAGCAAGGAGAUGUAAUAAUGGAACAGGGUCUAGUUGUUAGAUAG